CUAAAGAGGUUUAAGUUCAGAGGAUCAGACGACAGCUGGACACGGAAACACAGCAGAGAGAGCUACAGCAGACAUGGCUCUCAAACGAGAAGAUACAGAGCGAGCGCUGCAGGCGAUGGAAGCCUGUCAAUCAGCAGGUGAUGAAGGUUUCAGGAGUCGUGCUGAAAGACUCUUGACCAUCUUUCAGAGUGACCUGUUUCAGGCUCUGCUGGAUAUUCAGGAGUUUUAUGAGCUGACAGUGUUUGAGAAUCAGACAUUCACACCGGGACUGAAGUACCGUUAUCAUGACGAGGAGACACCGCCGCUGCAGCACAGUCCAGCUCACCUGACCGCAGGAAAGUCUGCAGAGAUGCUGACCGUCAGCGACGCCGGACACGCCCCCAUCGACGGUAUCCACGGUUACACACCCCAGAUGCACGGGUCUCCCGCCAAACCGGUGUUGCUCCCCAGCGGUCACCCACCCUUCUAUGCCACCUCCAGUCUGAUGAACGGCAUGGACGGAGACGUGGAGUAUGAGGAGAUCACACUGGAGAGGGGUAACUCCGGCCUGGGCUUCAGCAUCGCCGGUGGGACUGAUAACCCUCACAUCGGAGACGACCCCAGUAUCUUCAUCACUAAGAUCAUCGCAGGAGGAGCUGCGGCGCAGGACGGACGGCUGAGGGUGAACGACAGCAUCCUGUUCGUGAAUGAUGUGGACGUGCGUGAGGUCACUCACAGUCUGGCGGUGGAGGCGCUGAAGGAGGCGGGGCCAAUCGUCCGGCUCUACGUGCUGCGACACAAACCCCCUGCAGAGAAAAUCAUAGAGAUGAAGCUCAUCAAAGGCCCUAAAGGUCUGGGCUUCAGCAUCGCGGGGGGUGUGGGAAACCAACACGUUCCUGGAGACAACAGCAUCUACGUCACCAAGAUCAUCGAAGGAGGAGCCGCGCAUAAAGACGGGCGACUGCAGAUCGGAGACAAGAUCCUCGCUGUGAAUAAUAUGUAUCUAGAGGACGUGAUGCAUGAAGACGCUGUAGCGGUGCUUAAAAACACAGGAGACGUGGUUUAUCUGAGAGUAGCCAAAACUCUUCAUCAUCAUCAAGACGCCUACAAUCCUCCUGACAUCACCAGCUCGUAUUCUCCUCAUAUGGACAUGUCUGAUUACCCACAAGCCCUCAGUCCCUCGUCUCCACGCCGUUACUCCCCCAUCCCUAAAGGACUGCUGCUGGGGGACGAGGACAUUCCCAGGGAGCCGCGGCGUGUGGUGAUCCUCAGAGGCUCCACGGGGCUGGGCUUCAAUAUCGUGGGAGGAGAGGAUGGUGAGGGGAUCUUCAUCUCCUUCAUUCUGACAGGAGGAGCUGCAGAUCUGAGCGGAGAGCUGAGGAAAGGAGAUCAGAUCCUGAGUGUGAAUGGUGUGGAUCUGCGUCGAGCGACUCAUGAGCAGGCCGCAGCGGCGCUGAAGAACGCAGGACAGACGGUCACCAUCAUCGCCCAGUACAGACCAGAGGAGUACAGCAGGUUUGAGGCGAAGAUCCAUGACCUGCGAGAGCAGCUGAUGAACAGCAGUUUAGUUUCUGCAGCAGAAUCAUUACGGAGCAGCAAGAGAAGCUUCUUCAUCAGGGCUCUGUUUGACUACGAUAAGACGGCGGACGGGGGCUUCCUGUCGCAGGCGCUGAGCUUCAGGUUUGGAGACGUUCUGCAGGUGUUUGACUGCAGCGAUGAGGAGUGGUGGCAGGCCGGAAAACUGACCCCACACGGAGAGAUGGAGGAGACCGGAUACAUUCCCAGCAAGAGGAGGGUGGAGAGGAAGGAAUGUUCCCGUCUGAAGACGCGUGGCAGAGACGCCGUCAGUGGACGCAGUGAAUACAUCGUCAGCUAUGAGACGGUGAUUCAGGCUGAAGUGCACUACGCGCGUCCCGUCAUCAUCCUCGGGCCGAGCAAGGACCGCGUCAAUGACGAUCUGCUCUCCGAGUUCCCCGACAAGUUCGGCUCCUGCGUCCCACACACCACGCGGCCCAAGCGCGAGUACGAGGUGGACGGCCGAGACUAUCACUUCGUGUCUUCACGUGAACAGAUGGAGAAGGACAUUCAGAGCCACCGCUUCAUCGAGGCCGGACAGUACAACAGCCACCUGUACGGCACCAGCGUCCAGAGCGUCAGACAGGUGGCCGAGCAGCACGGGAAACACUGUAUCCUGGAUGUUUCAGCAAAUGCAGUGAGGAGGUUACAGGCCGCCCAACUUCACCCCAUCGCCAUCUUUAUACGACCCUCAUCCCUGCAGAACAUACUAGACAUUAACAAGCGAGUGACGGAGGAACAGGCCCGAAGAGCUUUAGACCGAGCUGUUAAACUGGAGCAGGACUUCAUCGAGUGUUUCUCAGCGAUCGUGGAGGGCGACAGCUUCGAGGAGAUCUAUCACCAUGUGAAGUCUGUGAUUGAGGAACAGUCUGGGCCGUAUAUCUGGAUCCCAGCACGAGAGAGACUGUAAACACACACACACACACACACACACACACACACACACACUGCAGCAGGGGCUCAUGGGAGUCUGUGUGAAGGUCAGUUCAUUGCGCUGAAGCUCGUGUCUCCGGAUGAUCUUCAGAUUCACACCAACAGCUCAUCACAUCCUCCGUGCUCGGGACGCUUACCUCAUCUCCAUGGCAACGGUUCAUCGUGGGGUCAGACAAGGUCAGAAACCAUGACCAAGUGAAAACACCACAGCGCUGUUUGUGUGAGCUAGCCUUAAUGUGUGUGUGUGUGUGUGUGUGUGAGUGAGGGUCUGUGUGUGUGUGUGUGUGUGUGUGUGUGUGUGUGUGAAGGUCUGUGUGUGUGUGUGUGUGUGCGUGAGUGUGUGUGUGUGUGUGUGUGUGUGUGUGUGUGAGAGCCACUGCUACUGAUGAUGACGAUGAUGAAGGUGAUCCUGUGGGUUGUUUCCAUGGUGAUUGUGAGCUCAGAGAGUGUAACAGUGUCUGAGGCAAUAUAGACGUGAGCACUGAGCACUUUACUAACACACACACACACACACUCUCAGACACACACACACACACACACACACACACACACACACAGACACACACACACACACACACAUACUCACUCUGACAUGCGCGUGUGUGUGUGUCUCAUUGUGAAGAUGUGUCUCUAUAGGGCUACUGUUUACAUAUAAUACACACUUUAAACUGCACAGGGAGAGAAUCACAUGAGUGUGUGUGUGUGUGUGUGUGUGUGUGUGAUGAGUAUUAUUAUUAUUAUACAGAAUAUUCUACAGCUGUACAGACAGAUUCAGAUGAUCUGAACCAAUGGGGCUUUAAACACAUGAACACUGCACUUCUCUGAGCCAAAACUACCCACAAUCCACCUCUCUGCCCAUACAAACACAUGCUGUACUCACGCCUACAUCCACUCCACCCACAAUGCACUGCGCUCAGUCCUCAACAUCCAACCAAAGUGUUUUUCUGCUUUAGUUUGUGUGAUUCUGACGUCUUCAUCUCAGACUCAUGUUCACACACUCACAGACGGACGCUCGCUAUAAUGUGAAAUAAACUGAUUCAUGAAUAUAUUUCCUGCUGUAAACUUGAUACAGUACUGACAUGAUGAUUCAUUAAACUGUUUUAAUAAUU